AUGGCUCGCUCACGGAGCUCGCUGGCUUUGGGCCUUGGGCUGCUCUGUUGGAUCACUUGCCUCUUCGCCCCUCUGGCAUUCGUCCAGAACGUCCACGCAGAUGAUUCUGUCGAGAACUAUGGUACUGUCAUCGGCAUCGAUCUGGGAACCACAUACAGCUGUGUCGGUGUGAUGCAGAAGGGAAAAGUCGAGAUUCUUGUCAAUGAUCAGGGUCACCGAAUCACUCCUUCCUACGUUGCCUUUACCGAUGAUGAACGUCUCGUCGGCGACUCCGCCAAGAACCAGGCUGCGGCCAACCCCACAAACACCAUCUUUGACAUCAAGCGUCUCAUUGGCCGCAAGUUUGCCGACGAGCAUGUCCAGAGCGACAUCAAGCACUUCCCCUUCAAGGUUAUCAACAAGGGCGGAAAGCCCGUUGUCAAGGUUAAUGUCAAGAACGAGGCCAAGGAGCUCACCCCUGAGGAGAUUUCUGCCAUGAUUCUCGGAAAGAUGAAGGAGGUUGCCGAGUCCUACUUGGGCAAGAAGGUCACGCACGCCGUCGUAACUGUUCCCGCCUAUUUCAAUGACAAUCAGAGACAGGCCACCAAGGACGCCGGUAUCAUUGCCGGCUUGAACGUGCUCCGAAUUGUCAAUGAGCCCACCGCCGCGGCCAUCGCGUACGGCCUGGACAAGACCGAAGGCGAGCGCCAGAUCAUCGUCUACGAUCUUGGUGGUGGUACCUUUGAUGUCUCCCUCCUCUCCAUCGACCAGGGUGUUUUCGAGGUUCUGGCUACUGCUGGUGACACCCACCUGGGUGGUGAGGAUUUUGACCAGCGCAUCAUCAACGAGCUUGCCAAGAAAUACAACGACCAGAACAAUGUCGAUGUCACCAAGGACCUCAAGGCUAUGGGCAAGCUUAAGCGUGAAGCCGAAAAGGCCAAGCGUACCCUCUCGUCCCAGAUGAGCACCCGUAUCGAAAUUGAGGCUUUCUUCGAGGGCAAGGACUUUUCUGAAGUCCUGACCCGAACCAAGUUCGAGAUUCUCAACGCCGACCUCUUCAAGAAGACGAUCAAACCCGUCGAGAAGGUUCUGAAGGAUGCCAACGUCAAGAAGAGCGAGAUCAACGACAUCGUCCUCGUUGGCGGUUCUACCCGUAUCCCCAAGGUCCAGGCUCUGAUUGAGGACUUCUUCAAGAAGGCGGCUUCCAAGGGCAUCAACCCCGACGAGGCUGUUGCAUUCGGUGCCGCCGUGCAGGCCGGCGUUCUUUCUGGCGAGGAGGGUACCGAGGAGAUUGUGCUCAUGGACGUCAACCCUCUCACCCUUGGCAUCGAGACCACCGGCGGAGUUAUGACCAAGCUUAUUCCUCGCAACACCCCUAUCCCCACUCGCAAGAGCCAGAUCUUUUCCACUGCUGCCGAUAACCAGCCCGUGGUCCUGAUCCAGGUCUUCGAGGGCGAGCGAUCCUUGACCAAGGACAACAACAAUCUGGGCAAGUUUGAGCUUACCGGCAUCCCCCCCGCUCCUCGCGGCGUUCCCCAGAUUGAGGUUUCGUUUGAGCUCGACGCCAACGGUAUCCUCAAGGUGUCCGCUCACGACAAGGGCACUGGCAAGCAAGAGUCCAUCACCAUCACCAACGACAAGGGCCGUCUCACCCAGGAUGAGAUUGACCGCAUGGUCGCUGAGGCUGAGAAGUAUGCCGACGAGGACAAGGCUACCCGUGAGCGCAUCGAGGCCCGUAACAACCUCGAGAACUACGCUUUCAACCUCAAGAACCAGGUCAACGACGCCGACGGCCUCGGUGGCAAGAUCGACGAUGAGGAGAAGGAGACUAUUUUGGAGGCUGUCAAGGAGACCACUGAGUGGCUCGAAGCCAACAGCGCCGACGCUACCGCCGAGGACUUCGAGGAGCAAAAGGAGAAGCUGUCCAAUGUUGCCUACCCCAUCACCUCCAAGAUGUACGGCGACGCUGGUAGCGAGGCCCCUAAGGAGGAGGGUGAAUUCCAUGACGAACUGUAA